GGGUUGUUGAAAUAUUUUGUUUAUUCAAUUCAAAUCCAAAAUUAAGGCUCGGAUAUUCAUUUUAAAGUGCUGAAUAGAUUAUAUGCAGUUUAAGAAAUAAAAAAUAUUGAAGAAAUGGAUGAAACAGGAGAUGUGUUGACACUGUUGAAUGAAAAACCUGAGGAAAAUGAAGACAGUGGUGCCAAUGCUACAACGAAGAGUGAGGCAAAUGAACUUCUCUCUAUAACAUCAGCUGCAGUAACAGCUUUGGACACAACCACAAGUUCCAAGGAAGAAUCUGGAGAAGCCAGCAGUGUGAAAGCUAGGUCUGUUGAGGCAGACAGUGCCAGGGGCGAAAGUCUCAAGACAGAACAGAUAAAUAUCCAGAAUGCGACAUCACCAGAGGGAUCCGAGAAACAGGAGAACACCUCACACAGUUCAACCGCUAGUGAGAUAUUGAUACGCUCAACUGUCAUGGAAACAGAUGGAGAUCCACUGAAUGCAAGUUCGUUGUCCAGACAGAAUGUACAUGACAGUUUCUUCAAUGAAAGUGCCAGGAGGGUAAAGGUCCCAGCUAAGCGAUUGAGGGAAAUACAACCCCCAUUUGAGGCAGAACUUAACAGCACACUAGACUCAACUUAUGGCCGGAAGGAUUCAGCGGAGUAUGUUCCUCCACCGCUGUUCCAGGUGCCAGAAAAAGUGUCCACAAAAACCAAGAAGAGAAAUGGUGGUUUGGUGCAAGGGAGGCUUGACAGAGAAGAGUCAGCAACUUCACAUCAACUUGAUCGAGGCCCCUGGAAGCGUUCUAAUGUUUCUAUUGAACGUCACUUUCCUGAUACGACUGCCCCUGUCUCUGAUGGUGAUGGUGCUGCACCCAUGUCUGAGGUCUCUACUACCUCGUCAAGGACAAGAGGCCAACCGACAAUGAUGAUGGACACAGGAGUUGACUACACAAAUGCUGCUGAUGUGUCCUCGGCUUCUGGAGGAUCAAGUCAACCUGAAAUAGUAGAUGUGCCGGAGACAAUUGUGACCAUCCAUGCACAGACCAGUGUCUCCCCAUCAUCGGCAUCUACAGCCAGUGAAGGGAGCAGCCUUGGGACACAGAUACAAAGGCGAUAUCAACGGAACGUGAGCCAUGUGGUACAGGGUGCCCCAGUGACAGGUGCUGCUGCCUCUGGCCGACAACAGAACCAGGAUGUGAAAAUUAGCAAGUUUGUGUGUGGUGAAAGGGAGAGGAAAGCUAGAGAACAUCUCGCUAAGAGGAAGGAGGAAGGUGGCCCUAUGAAACGUGUUGUGAAGCCCACAUUUGUUGGCCCUGAAGAGUCUCAGUUGCCGAAGACUAGUGAAGGAAAUCAAAAUGCAAAUGUCAGAGAGUCUAUAACGGCUGCUGUUGCUGCUUCUGCUGCUAUUGCUAUUACUCAGCCAUAUAUGAAGGCUCAACAGGAUUUGGAAACUAAAAUGUCCUCAGUCUUGGAGAGAUUGUCUGAGCUUUCUGGAAAAAAACAAAGCCGAACACCUGAAGAGAACAGACGCGUCAGUGCUUUGGAAAGGCAGUUGAAUGACCUCACCCAGAAGAGACUGGAUUUUAUUGAAAAUAUGCAGCAGCAGCAAUUGAACUGGCAGGCCAACAUGAUGAAGUAUCCAAAAGGCACGCCAUGUAACUACAAACCAAGACAUGAACCGACUCCGUCAAAUUAUUCUCACCCACACGACCCCCACCGCAAACACUACCAUCCAGCUGCCAAGGAUCUCAAGCAGGAUGUGCGGUUUUCACCCGAGUCCCACCCCGGUGAUGAAGACCUGAGAAAGGGGUCGCCACUUGACACACCUGCUCCAAGAAUGAGGCCACCGAUGCCGACAUCUUAUGAAGAUUCUGGUUACAGGAGGAAAAUAUCUCCAAUGCACCCUGAAAAAUCCCAAGGGUUUUUGGCAGAAAUCUUGGCAGCCCAUGAAGACACCCCAGAGCGGGAUACAGAUGCACGAAGGACAAAACCAUGCCAUCAUCAAGCUGUAAGGCCAGCAGGUCAAGAAUCCAGAGAUGAGGCCAAACAUUUGAUAAAGGAUCAAAAGUUUUCUUCACCUGAACUCCCAGAGAAGACCAGCCAGCCCAAACAGAUGUCAUCAGUUGCUGAGACCCCUCGAAAUGCUUUCCAUGUAAAGAUGAAAUCCAAUGAGACUGCACCACUUGAUGAGUACUUGAUGCGUCCUAAGUUCAUCCCGACAAGCCCAUAUGCAACUCUGAAUGAUAUUACACGCAACCAGAAUGCUGAUGGGAGCAAGUCGGCUGUUUUGGAUGCUGAAGUGAUUCUGCAGAAGAUCCAGGCAAAUCGUUCAUGUCUUGAAGCCAAUCUUGAAACAAUACUGCGGUCUCAGCAAGACGCAGAUGUCUACUCCCUGAUAGAUGACUUAACUAGAGAUGGGAAUGCUGCUGAGCGCGCUAGGAUAAAGAAAAUGGUCGACGAGACGAUCAAUGCUGUUAAAGGGGAGGUUCAGGUGGAAGUUGAAAAAGAUCUAGCAAAGCUUGCAGCAGAGAAAGCAUCUGCUGAGGAAGCUGAGAAACAGAAAGAGCCAGUGAAAUCGAAAGGCAGGCCACAGGUCAGAGGUCAGAGUCGGGGCAAAGGUCGCAUUCAAGCGAGGAUUGAUACCGGUUUACGGAAGAAAGAACUAGAAGUUGAGGAGGAAAAGAAGAAAGUGGCAAAGGUCCUCGGGAAGGAAAAUGUGCCCAAGAAAACAAAAGAACCUCCAAAGAAAAAGAAGACCAUUCCUCAAUACAAAGAUGAGGCGUACAUGACCCGGGUCUAUGGCAAAGCUAUCUAUCAGAGCCACAGGACAACAGUCAAGGAUCCGUACCUGCACUACAAGAACCCUGUCUCACCAGGACCUAGGGGAACAGCAAGACCGACAUCAGUGGCAGAAGUUAGGGCUACUUCAGUAAAGACAGCUAAAAUCCAAACAGAGCAGCCUCGCUCAAGGAGCCACCCCAUUGCUCCGUCAGGACACUUCUACUUCAACCCUGCCACAGGGACAACACAACAAACGCAUGGCUUCAAUCCCCUACCAUCUGAAGGUCAUCUCAUCCCCAUGGCCAUUCCAUUGGGACCACCACGGCAAGGUGGACAGCCUGUACCCUUCACAGCUCCUUCCCGUUCAGUCAUCGUCUCUUCCCACUCUCCACCAAAGUCACCCGUACCACGAGUUGCAGAAGAGGGAGAAGGCAAGGCGGAUCACCUAGAGAAGAUAGUUUUACCUAAUAUGGACAUCGACAGCCUCCCAUCAGGAUCACCGCUGCAGAUUGAGAGCACCCCUAUUGCUGGACAAAGGGAAAGAAGCACGAGGAUGGACGAGUCAAGUAUCAUGGAAGAUCAACAAGGAGAAGGUUUAGAAUUUCCUGGUUAUCAUCAGAAGCAGACAAGAUACCACGGUCCAGAGUUCCCACCAAGAGUCCAACGGGACGAAGAUCCAAUGCCGCACAUCAUCAAAAAACGUCCCAAUGUUCUUGUGCAGGAAAUCUCAUCCGAUGUGAUCGCUGGAGAUAUCAGGCGGAGAGAUAUGUUGGAGAGGAACGCUGUUGAUUGGAUAGAACAGGAGCUCAUGGCUCGGAUCAUUACAGAGAUGAAUAACAGAGAACCAGAACCCGUUGACCCAACUGCGCAGCGUGAUGAGACAGGUAGCGCUGCCUCUGAAGCUCACUCGGGUAUUGCUGAAACAAUUGGGCAGGGUGGCCUCCAGUUAUUCGUCGAUGCGGGGGCGCCAGUGGAUGAGAUUCUUGUAAAUGAUCUUGUGAGGGAGGUCCUGUUAGAGAAGAUUGCAGCAAUGACGGGCAGGAGGACAGCUGAUCAGGACGAGCAGGCCAAACGACCGCAGCCAAAGCCACGACAUCCGCGGCCGCAUCCAUCUUCAUCUGAACAUGAGGAGUAUGACGAAGAUGUGGAUCAGUAUGUUUAUCAUCCGCACACAGAUAUUCCAACUCCUGAGCCAACACCUCGGCCAUCUCCCAUCCAUUCCUCACCACCACAGAUCAUGUCUGCGCUGACGACACCGAUGAUCACACCAGAGGUGUCCAUUGGAGAAUCAGAGACAGAGAGUGCCAAGGAGUUGUCAGCUAUAUGGGGAAUGCAUCCUGUUGUUGGUCCUCAUGAAACAGACAAUGAAGAGUACAGUUUGAGAGAUGACUUGGACACUCCAGUUGCCACACCAAGAGGUGCCACACCACCUCUAUCUCGGGAGGAAACACCUGUGUUUGAUAUCAGGACAACCCCGUGCGAUAAAGCCACGUCACCCAUCCCACAGGUCCUGCCACCACAGACACCACCUACACCCGUUCAGGAGGUGAGGACACCUAGUCCACCACCCAGGUCGCCCAGCCCAGAGCCAGAGCCUGUAGUGAUUGAACCCAAGGCAUCAUCACCCCCACCCCUACCCCCACGUCACCGGAGAACCCCUAGCCCACCACGGCGAGAGUCUGACACCGAGUCAACUGAAUCAACACAACUUGUUGAGACAGAGACUCUAAAUGAGAGUAUAUCUGAAGGAGAAUGGUUGAUCAGCCGCAGUGAAGGACAGGCGGCUGGAAUAGAGAUUGAUCCAAAUCGGCGAGGCCUGAUUGCCCAACUCAUGCGUGGUGCUGAAGACAGCAGCGUGGCGUGCAGUGAUAUAGAACAUGAUGACACAGACAUGCAAGUAGAUCGCAGCGUUGGAGAGUUCAUGACACCCAAAUUCCGGCCAGAAAAAGACCCUGUGCUACAGCUCCUGGCCAGGAUGAAUCUGCAGCAGCCAGAUCUCCCACACUACAACCAGGGCAUGGUGUUCCCCCAGCCGCAAGCCUCGGGAUACCCUCCACAGCCGUCAUACUCUCUGGGGCAAGUCCAGCCACACAUGGUUGAGAAGAGCCUUGGUGAGAUUAGUAUUGCACAGCCUAUGAUUGAACAGGGAGAUGACGCUGUGUUUGGUCAUUCGCAGGCUGCUACUGUUAGGCGAAGAGGUCAACACAUGCCUAGCCAGGGAGAGAUUGCAUUUCCAAGGGAAGAUCAUGAUGAUACAAGGUCACUGAGGCUAGCUGAUCUCCAUCUGUCUCAAGGAGAAGUCACCCCUGCUAUGAAACUUCAUCCAAGUGCCCACUCAACUCCUGCACAAGACAGGAGAACCCCACCUCAGCCCAACCGUCAGUCACCAUUACGUAAAUCCACGCCAAGUCCUGAGAUCCCUCAGGAUUUGAAUGCCUCAGGUGCAAGGAUUAUCCAAGUGAGAAGUAGCAUCCAGGACAGCCCAGAGAGUACCAAAGGAGAACGAUCACCCAGCCCAACAGAUAAACGAGCAAGCAGGGCUGUCAGUGGUCAAUUCAAAACAUCAAAGGAAGGUGAAGGCAUGAAAAAUGUGUCUGGAAGUGGUCAAGUCCUUGGUACCUAUCCUACCGUAAGCGAAGGAAUGAGGACUGGUACGUUCACCCCUGAUCAACUGAACAUGGAGGGCCUCUUGCAGUCUGGCUACCUUACACAAACCAUCACAGACUCUGAAGCUGGGCAGAGUGGUCAGUUUGGUGGCACACUUGAGGGGACAGGAGAUUUUGGCCCGAAUCAUCUGCAAGCAAGUGGUACCCUUGGUCAAUCUACGUCCUUGGGACAGUAUACGGGUAGUCUUAACAGAACAGAUGAGGAAUCGGGCAGCGCUAGUCGCAGUAGCCCUGAUCGCCCUAAGCCAGCAGAUCGACCUCGUGCCCAAGGACCAAGAGUCGUCAAUGUCACCAUGCCAACAGCUCAGGAAACGGAGACGGAGACCAAUGAGGAUAUCUCUGAAAUUUCACUCGGAGGAACAGGAGAGUGGUAGAAUGACUGUGUUCAGAUAAUUCUCUGUUGAAGUAGGAGCUUGGGAGGCUUGAUUUCACCUGCAGGGGAUUACCUCUUAAACAAAAUGAGUAACUAUACUGACCUCGAUAGAUGCUACCGUUGGUGUUCUUUUUUAGCUUGUUUUAAGCUUUGUGAAGGUGUUUUAAUGUAGAGCUCAAUUCACUGCCUAAUUGCAAUAAAAGUAUCUCCUGCUCUUGAAGGAAUCAACCCCUUUAUCCCUUGUUUUAUAACAUGGUGAACAUGUUUUAUUAUGGUGAACAUGUAAAUAGCAUAAUCGAAUUAUACAUGCAUUGUGAUUGCUUUAAGAUGUUACAAAAUGAGAAUAUGAAUUUGAAACAGAGUGAAUGUGUAUGUUAGUUGCAGAGCAUGUGACAAUUUUUUCCUUUUGCUGAAGUAAAACCAAACACUUUGCCUGCCAAAGCCAUCAUUAGUUUUUAGUUUUUUUCGAAGCCCAACAUCAACUCUUUAGAGAUCUGGUGUUUUUAAUGGUGAAAAGCCAUUUCGUUCCUGAACAGUUCAAUAGGAAAGAGAUAGAAAUUUGGGGUUACCGGGUAUCCCAGAAUGUGUUUGGCCGACAAAGUGUUAAAAAGUUCUUCUAUGAUAUCUGAAUUUGUGAUGAAAAUCUACUUAAAAUGCAUUCCUCUUGUAAACUUGUUAAAUUUGUACAGAGAAAGGCUGGGUAAGCUGGGCUUCCCAUAUUUUCUAUUUUGUAAUACUAUGCAAGUUGCUGU